AUCCAAUCGAAUUGUAUUAUCUGACUAUUUACAAAUUCUAAAAAUAUCUAUCGAUAAAAUUACAACUUAAUACACAUCUAAUCUUGUUUUUAAAUUCGGUUAUAAAACCGAACAUAUUUAUUCCUCUUAUUUUCUUGUGAAAAAACAUAACUUUACGGAGUAAUGGCUUCGUUGAAGAGUGUUAUUUUCAGCCGGUGUUGUAUUCCUCGUGGAGCAGUUCAUGUUCAUGGAGGGUGAGGAUCGUUAUGAAUUUCAAGGGUUUAGGAUACGACCUGAAGCCGAUAUCCCUGGCAGACGACGAGCAACAUGACGAAGAAUUUCUCAAGAUUAAUCCUCUAGGGUUUGUCCCAGCUUUAAAACUGCACGAUCGCGUUUUGAUCGAUUCUUACAAUAUUAUGAUAUAUUUGGAAGAAAAUCGUUUUGGAUAUAAAUUAAUUCCAGAAGAUAAUGACGAAAAAAUAAAAGUUCGGGAAAUCGUUCUAUUGAUCGUGUGUAGUAUUCAGCCCAUUCAAAAUACUGGGGUGCUGAAAAAGUUGGACGAUUAUGAGGAAUGGCCCAAGUUUUGGAUUGCGAAAGGAUUUAAAGCUUUGGAAGCGAUUCUUUCGAAAACCGCUGGGAAAUAUUGCGUUGGCGAUAAAAUAACUAUGGCUGAUGUUUGUUUGGUACCUCAAGUUUUUAAUGCUAGGAAAUAUAAAGUCGAAGUGGAGGAUUAUCCUCUAAUUGUUCGAAUCGAUAAAGAAUUGGAGAAUCAUCCUUGUUUCUCAAGUACACAUCCUUAUAAACAACCAGAUUAUCCUGGAAAUAAAACUAAUUGAGUAAUAUGAUGCGAUGUUCAGAAUGUUAUUCAAUUGAAAAAUAUUACAAUAAAUAUAUAAUGUGUCAUCUAUAA